AUGCUGUCUACUUUACUAGACUCUGAAAAAGACAACCAAAUAGACCGAAAGCCCAAACUAGAAUACAAAAGAAGCAUUCAUAACAAAGAUGUUUUUUCCUUGUCUAACCGAGCCAACCAAGAUGAUCAUUGUAUUCAAUCGCCUGCUAUUAAAUCACAAAGAAGACACUCGACUGCUCAACUUGUUAAAGAAUUAGUCAAUUUGGUCCUGAAUGAACGAGAAAAUCCGAAAGAACAAGCAGAAAAAGAACAGAGCGAAUCAAAGACAUUGAUUGUCGAAUUAGAACAAGAUGAUGAAUUCUUUAAAUUACUCUUGACUGAAUUAGAACAAGCUGCUGAAUUACAGGAUGUUACUGCACAACAAUUUGAAAAAGAUAUUUAUACUUUGGAGAAUAAAAUGACUCGAGUGGCUGCACCACAAAAAUCAGAUAUGUAUCAUUGGCGCAAAAUAUUUUCCAUCUAUAUGGACGCACAAAUAUUCCGUGGAAAUACUGAAGUAGACCAUACAUUUCGGUCUGUAGAAAGAGCCAAGAAACAAAUGACAUGGUUUUUGGAACAAUUAAACAGAGCAGAUUUAUUAAAGAAACUCAAAACAAAAGAAUCCAAAUCAGCCUUUGAACAGUUUAUCAGUCUGAAUACAGAAUUGAUUACCAUCAAACAUUAUCAAAUGUUAAAUCAAACAGCCAUGCGAAAGAUCUUGAAAAAGCAUGAUAAACGAAGUGGAUUGACUGCCAGCCAAAGUUUCCCCGAACUUGUUUCAACCGAUCACUUGUUUAGUCCAAAACUAGCCAGUAUGCUUUAUGCAACAAUCACCAACAGAGUGACAAACAUUAUACCACAACCUGAAGACUAUGGUAACUAG